UUCAUAUCCAGCCAUCGUAAGUUAAAACUCUUGAGCAUCCACAGAUGAGAAACAAAGACGAGCGAGUACAUCAUCACACUCAUUCCCCUGUGUAGGGACCUCCCUGACUUUUCUACUUCCGUUUUGUACAGAAGUCACGUGACAGUACAGGCCCACCCUUACUCCUAAACACAGAUCAGGACAGUCCUCAAACUUUCAAGAUGUCUAUCCGACAGACUUUAGCAAUUACAGAUGAUCACCUCUGUGAGUUAAUGGAAACCUUUAGUACGAUUGACCAAGAUGGCAGUGGCAGUAUAGAUGUAUCAGAACUUCAACAUGCCCUGGAACUCUGUGGGAUCAAAAUCCCAAACUAUCAGGUCCGGGAUCUUAUUGCCAAAUACGAUACAAAAGUCAGGGAUAACAAAAUCGACAUUGAGGAAUUCAAACAGAUGUAUGCCGACUUGAGAGAGGAAAUGGAUAUAGGGAUAACAUUUAAAAAGCAAGUACAAACUCGUAAAGAUGUGGAGACAAUGGGAGGAAGUUCACAGGCUUCUGUUGAGGGCACCACCCACACCGUUCGAAACGAGGAACAAAAAGCCUUUGCGGACUGGAUCAACAGGGCUUUAGCUGAUGACCCAGACUGUGCCAAAUACCUCCCUCUGUCAUCAAUGGGUGAGGACUUGUACAAGAACACUCAGGACGGUAUCCUCUUAUGUAAACUUAUUAACAAGUCUGUACCAGACACCAUUGAUGAACGUGCCAUCAACAAAACAAACCUCAGCAUUUAUCGCAGAGCAGAAAACCACAACUUGGCCCUGAUGUCUGCCCAGUCUAUUGGCUGUAACAUCGUCAACAUUGGUGAUGAUGAUCUAGAGAAGUGCAAACCUCAUCUCGUCCUUGGUCUGCUAUGGCAGGUUAUUAGGAUCGGUCUGUUGAGUGAUAUCAACUUGGCUAACCACCCUGGUCUGAUCAACCUUCUAGAGGAGGGAGAAUCCCCUGAGGACCUGAAGAAACUGUCUCCAGAGCAGAUCCUGAUUCGCUGGGUCAACUACCACCUCAGAAAUGCUGGAGUUGACCGCAGAAUUAGGAAUUUCCAAGAAGACAUUAAGGAUUCAGAAGCUUACUGUUACUUACUGGAGCAAAUCGCACCUAGAGAAAAUAACGUUAUGGCUGGUCCCCCUAUGUCUGAACAUGAUUUGGAAAAUAGAGCCGAGUUAAUGUUACAAGAAGCUGACAAGAUUGGCUGUCGCAGUUUCGUCUCACCUAAAGAUGUUACUAGUGGUAACUACAAGUUGAACAUGGCCUUUGUGGCUAACCUGUUUAACCAGUACCCUGCCCUUGAACCACCAGAGGAUAUGGAGAUGGAUGUUGUUGAAGAAACCAGAGAGGAAAAAACAUACAGAAACUGGAUGAACAGUUUAGGAGUCCAGCCCUAUGUACAUUACCUUUACUCUGACCUACAGGACGGUCUUGUCUAUUUCAAAUUAUAUGACAUUGUCAGGCCAGGGGUCGUGAACUGGAAGAGAGUUAUCCAGAAGUUCAACAAAUUAAGGAUGAACUUUGAGAAAAUAGAAAAUUGUAACUAUGUAGUAGAACUUGGAAAAGAAUGUAAAUUUUCCUUGGUUGGCAUCAGCGGAUCAGAUAUUAACGAAGGCAACACCACCCUGACAUUGGGUCUUGUUUGGCAGCUUAUGAGGGCUUAUACGCUGAGCAUUCUCCGACAGCUGGCUGGAGGCGAUUCUCUCAUUAAUGAUGCAGCCAUCAUUGCAUGGGCCAAUGCAAAGCUGAAGGAAGGCGGCAAAAAGAGCAGCUUUUCCAGCUUUAAUGAUUCCACCCUUUCCGACGGCAGAACAAUAAUUGACCUGAUUGAUUGCAUCAGACGAGGGAUGAUCAAUUACGACCUUGUUAAGGAUGGCAGCGGAGAAGAGGACAAGAUGUCUAAUGCUAAAUAUGCUAUUUCCAUGGCCAGGAAGGCUGGGGCUAAGGUGUAUGCUCUUCCAGAGGACAUUGUUGAUGUUAAACAAAAAAUGAUUAUGACCAUUUUUGCCUGCCUAAUGGCAAGAGACAUGAGGAGCCAACAGAACGGUGAAACGUCGUAGAAAACACUCCAUCAUCGGCUUGCAUUUUAUGUUUGCGCAAGAUUUGUCAAAAGCUGCUUCAUAUUUUUCUUCUCAAUUCAUUAGAUUCCAGAAAAACAAUAUAUAUGUGGAACUGCUAGAGUGGUUUAGAUUGGUAAAUUUUUCCUACAGUGUAGGAGGAAAUGAAUCACGGAAAAUUUGUGCAGUAUUACAUUUGCAAGUAAUAACUCCUUUGUAUUCUGUUAUUUAUUAAAGUGUUAAUUUUUUAAUUUCCUGCAAUAAUUAAACCUAUGCUGAUGUGUUUGGUUCUCACGGUACAUAUGUAUGAUACAUCUAUCCCAGGGAGUCAAAAAGAGGACCAAACUAUUUACUAUGCAAAGGGACCAGUCAUAUUCAUUUUGAAAAUUAUUGUACAAAUGCUUACAUUAAUGUUUCAAAUUUUUUUUCUUCUUCAAAUUUUGGAACAGAUGCCUUUUUAAUUCAAAUAUCUGUUUCCUAUUUAUUUUAUGAACAAUAUUAAGUGUACACAAUGUAUGUUUUCACCCUAUUAUCUGUGAUUUUUUUAUUGAACUAUCAUGACAUUAAGCAAUCAUCAAAACCUAAAGUGAUGCUUACACCUGUCUCUGUUGUGUAGGUAUAUACCCGUAGAGUUAGUCACAGUAUAGAUCUGAAGAUGGUGGAUAGUGUAGCAGGGGAACAAAAGAGAGUUGCAGGAUUUUUAGCUUCUAGAUUACAUUCCAAUAUUGGAGACUUGGAAAUGUCGCUCAUUUUGUUCAGUAUAGUAAAUCCCUUUUUGUUGUUAGAAGUUUUUUGUCAGGACACCUGUUAUAAAAACAACUUUUCCAACGGGUGGCAUGCCACUAUGCAUGGUAUGAAAAAAGAAGUCGGAAACUGUCUUCAUUUAUAUCAUUCAUUAUGAACGAUCAACAAAGGUUUAUUUUUUAUCUUGUAUUAAAAUACUGUUAUUUACAUUAUGCUUGAAUGAAUAAAAGGCUGAAAAAUAUAACAUUUAUACAUUCUAGAUUUAUUAAUAAAAUAAAUUUGAAAAAAUAUGUAGAUUUGUUGUUACAGUACCACAAACUAUACAAAAA